AUGAGUGAGGUGCCACUGAACAUCAAUAUCCAUGAUCCUUGAUGGGACUUUGUGGGUGGAGCUAAGCAGUUCUUCACUGUCACCAACCCCUUGAACCUUCUACUAUCUGAAGAUAAACUGCAUAAUGCCCGAACCAUUGUAGAGAACUACAGGGUAGGGAUCGUGACCCCUGGGCUGACUGAAGAUGAUCUAUGGAAGGCCAAGUAUAAAUAUGACUCAGCCUUCCACCCUGACACUGGGGAGAAGCUCUACCUCAUUGGCCGAAUGUCAGCCCAAGUGCCCAUGAAUAUGAUUAUCAGUGGCUGCAUGCUCACCUUCUACAGGAACAUUUCAACCAUGGUGUUCUGGCAGUGACUGAACCAGUCCUUCAACGAUGUUGUUAACGACUCCAACAGAAGUGGGGAUGUGGCAGUUACUGAGAGGCAGCUGGCAACAGCUUACGUGAGUGCCAGCACUGGGGCCGUGCUUACUGCUCUGGGACUCAAAUCCCUCACCAAACAUCUCCCUAGCCUGGUUAGCCACUUCAUCCCAUUCAUAGCAGUGGCUGCUGCCAAUUGCAUCAACAUCCCACUGAUGAGGCAGAGGGAGAUGCUGGUGGGGAUCCCUGUGACUGAUGAUUUGGGCCACAAGUUUGGCUAUUCUUCAAAGGCAGCUCAGCUGGGCAUCUUCCAGGUGGUGACAUCUCGGAUCUGCACGGUCACGCCUGCUAUGACUGUAACCCCUCUAAUUAUGAAUGCACUGGAGAAAAAAAAAAGGCUUCUUGAAGCGAAGGCUGCUCGGGCUCCAUGCAGUCUGUUGUUUUCCACUCCCCUGUGCUGUGCACUUUUCCCCCUUUUCUCCCAGAGGAGUUCUAUUUCAGUGAAACGUAUGGAGCCACAGCUCAGAGCUAGGAUCAAGGAGCAGAGCCCAAACACCAAGCUUGUUUACUUCAACAAGGGACGCUGA